GGGUACUUUCUGCUCUUUGUUGUUCCUGUCUUCUCACAGAACAUCCGGCCGCUGGAGCUACUUCCUGCUCGCACACCUUCAGGGAGCGUUCAGGAUCAAAACGUUGUUUGAGACUAGAUCAGAAACCCACCAAGAAGAACCGACAGCCCUCGCAUCGGCGAAUUCUUCUUCCGGCUUCAUACAGACGACGAAGAAGAAGAAGAUGAGUUCUUCUUCCGGUGAUAAAGGCCAACUCGUCCGAGCAGAAGCAAGGAUCCAAGAAAAUCUACGGACACCGACUGAAACCCUGUUAAACAUGUCUCACACCAUCCUGCUGGUGCAGCCCACCAAGAGGCCAGAGGGAAGGACAUACGCUGAUUAUGAAUCUGUCAACGAGUGUAUGGAAGGUGUGUGUAAGAUGUACGAGGAGCAUUUAAAGAGAAUGAACCCCAACAGUCCAUCAAUAACAUACGACAUCAGCCAGCUGUUUGACUUCAUCGAUGACCUGGCUGACCUCAGCUGUUUGGUGUAUCGCGCCGACACACAGACGUACCAGCCGUACAACAAGGACUGGAUCAAAGAGAAGAUCUACGUGCUGCUUCGCCGUCAGGCCCAGCAGGCAGCAAAGUGAAGCCUCUGAGGGGAUGGAGGGUCGGGCGGGUCAAGAUUAUUUUUCUUAUCUGUAACUUGGUUUGAUUAACUUGUUUUAAGAUAUUUUUGACAAAGUUUUUGUUUUUCUCAUGACGGGGAGGUGUAUUUUGUAUUUUAAUGUUUGACUUA